UGUAGCUAACUUGUUAGCAUAGCAUGCUAGGUUAGCUAGUUAGCUUGUUGGAAGGCUCAGAGCGCCAGCGGGCUGACGACCUCACUGUAUUCGUUUGAAAUGCAGUUUCAGAGAAGCUAACUUUACUCUGUUGUCGUGAAUUGCGUAUAUUUUUGUAUGAAUAAAAAAAAACUUACGGGUUAAUAGAACUUUAAAAUAUUUGAUUAGCAGAUGCGGCUAAGUGCUUGUGAGGAGCAUUAAAUGAAGUACAGACCGCCUUGCCUGGCUGGCAUGUGUACUGACGGGUACGGCCGCCGCUGAGGCAAAACUAAUGUUAACUCGCACGUUAGCUUUUGAUUAGCUUUUAUCACUGCAUACUAGACACCACUUUAAAAUUGCAUCUACACAACUUUGAACUAUUCUUUGGUGGUGAAGUUAAAGGGAAUGAAACGCAAGUAAUUAGCCUUCAUUUGACAAUUAUAUCUGGAAUGCUAAGGCCGGUAGCGCCGUUUCGCAUCUCCCCGUGACACAUGACAUGUGGACAAUUGUCAGCCUACCUACCUACAAAUACAGCAGGAACUAUUUAAGUCUAUUUAUUGCUACUCUGUUAAUAGAUGUGCUGAUAGUAGAGAGUUUAUUUUAAACAGAGUUGUCUUAAAGGCACUUGGGGGCAGUUUGAGUCAUUUAUGAGCACACACUGUGCUGAUAGUGACUUGUCACACACCAAAGUUCAACUCAUUCAUUCAUCGCUAGCUCCCUGCAGGCUAACAUGAUGACAAAUGUAUUUAACUUGGCUCCAGUCAGACAGACGACCUUUCGCCUAAAAUGGGGCUGAAAGUUGUUUCCGAGGACAAAAGCGCUAUGAUGCGCCUCUGAGGAUAUCACGAUCACAUGGGCUCCUAUCCUGUGCUGACCCAAUGGUUUAAUCACCAGGACUAAAAAUGAGCAUAAGCAGUGAUGAGGUUAAUUUCCUGGUUUACAGAUAUCUGCAGGAGUCUGGCUUCUCUCACUCUGCGUUCACCUUUGGCAUAGAGAGCCACAUCAGUCAGUCCAACAUCAAUGGAGCCUUGGUGCCCCCUGCUGCCCUCAUUUCCAUCAUUCAGAAAGGCUUGCAGUAUGUGGAGGCUGAAGUCAGCAUCAAUGAGGACGGCACCUUAUUUGACGGGCGGCCAAUCGAGUCCUUGUCUUUGAUUGAUGCCGUAAUGCCAGAUGUGGUCCAGACCAGGCAGCAGGCCUACAGAGACAAGCUGGCCCAGCAGCAGGCGGCAGCGGGCAGUGGCAGCAGCACGGGGCCACAGGGAAGCACCAAGAACGGAGAGGGCGCUGCCAACGGGGAGGAAAAUGGAUCCCACACCUUAGCCAAUCACCACUCGGAGAUGAUGGAGGUAGACAGGGAUGUGGAGAUCCCCCAGAGUAAAGCCAUGGUCUUGAGGGGCCACGAAUCGGAGGUUUUUAUCUGUGCCUGGAACCCAGUGAACGACCUCCUCGCCUCUGGGUCCGGGGACUCGACAGCACGGAUCUGGAACCUGAGCGAGAACAGCACAGGCGGAUCCACCCAGCUGGUUCUGAGGCACUGCAUUCGGGAAGGGGGCCAGGACGUACCCAGCAACAAAGACGUCACCUCACUAGACUGGAAUAGCGAGGGGACAUUACUAGCAACCGGCUCAUAUGAUGGCUUUGCUAGGAUAUGGACAAAAGACGGUAACUUGGCCAGUACUUUGGGUCAGCAUAAAGGCCCUAUAUUUGCACUCAAGUGGAAUAAGAAAGGAAACUUUAUCCUUAGCGCUGGUGUGGAUAAGACGACAAUUAUUUGGGAUGCACACACGGGAGAGGCGAAGCAACAGUUUCCUUUCCACUCAGCACCCGCUCUGGAUGUCGACUGGCAAAGCAAUAACACAUUUGCCUCGUGUAGCACAGACAUGUGCAUCCAUGUGUGUAAGCUGGGCCAGGACAGACCUGUAAAGACCUUCCAGGGACACACGAAUGAAGUGAACGCCAUAAAGUGGGAUCCUACUGGCAGCUUGCUGGCCUCCUGCUCCGAUGACAUGACCCUAAAGAUCUGGAGUAUGAAGCAGGAUUUGUGUGUCCAUGACCUCCAGGCCCACAGUAAAGAAAUCUACACCAUCAAGUGGAGCCCCACAGGCCCUGGGACCAACAAUCCCAACGCCAGCCUCAUGCUGGCCAGUGCGUCGUUUGACUCAACAGUGCGCCUGUGGGACGUGGAGCGGGGCGUGUGCAUCCACACUCUGACCCGCCACCAGGAGCCAGUCUACAGCGUGGCCUUCAGCCCAGAUGGCAGGCACCUGGCCAGCGGCUCCUUUGACAAGUGUGUCCAUAUCUGGAACACUCAGACGGGUGCUUUAGUCCACAGCUACCGAGGGACAGGUGGGAUCUUUGAAGUGUGCUGGAAUGCAACAGGGGACAAAGUAGGAGCCAGCGCAUCUGAUGGAUCGGUAUGCGUACUAGACCUGAGAAAAUGACACUCAUCGGGGGGAGCCAUGGACCGACUACGAAUGUGUACAUAGCCAAAAUGACUGUCCCUGCCUGUCCGCCACACUGCUGUAGUCCCACAGAUGCCAUGGCCCGCUGUUACAGCCAACUGGAGCCCUCCAUCAGACAUAGACCCAAGGACCACACCAUGGCAACAAACAGUUUAUAUGCAAAUGCAUCAGAUAUGCCAGGUCUGCAUGGACAUCAGUCUUUGCUCCUCAGACCUGCAGGAGUUAAACAUUUCUUUGUUAUCACACAGUAUAAAUGUGUCACCACAAGCAAACCAAAACACCAGGAUUCCUCUUGAUUUCGCUCUUUUUGUCCUUUGUAUCCGACUUGUAAAGACUUUUGUUCUCUGGUGUGUGCAUAUUGCAUAUGUCAGCAUUUAGUGUCCUGUGGACAUUGUUGUGUUGAGUUUGGACUUUAUUGGUCUCUGUAAAUUACAUGUGAGAUGGGAGAGAGGAGAUGGGAGAUGUUUUUUUGUUUUUAAAGAAAAAAGAUGUUUGUCUUUUAAAAAGUGGAUGUUCAGAGUUGUUCAUUUGGAGAUAAAUUCAUUUACUGCAGUCUUUGAGGUUCAAAAAUGCAGGUGUAUAGUUUUGUCAACUCUAUUUUUAUCCAGUAGGUUUGUUCCAUUUUUUGCCAUUUAAAAAAAACAAACAAAAAAACUAAAUAUGAAGCAGUUAAUCAAAGGUUAAACUGUCCUUUGUUUGCAACCUUUAUCCUCAGAAAUGGUUUUCAGGUAAUCACAGUUCAUCAGGUUGUGUUGGUGCCCUGAAGAAUUCAAAAUCUCCUGGCUGAAAAAUGAUCUGUGUAGCUUUUAACACUGAUGACAGCAGUGCUGUUGAAGAGCGGUCAGCUUCAGGUUCACGUCUUUGAAACUCACCUCGUCCUUGAUCUGUCGGUGCAGAUAUCACUUGGUGACAGAGACGGGAAAACCAGCCCAUUACUUCAUCGGAUUUGUACAAUUAAUAGUCCUAAUUGCACUUGUUUUCUCAGUUAAUGGCUUGUUGCUGUCCAUUGUUUUUCAUAAUGCAGCUUUGUUGGACUAAUUGCUUCUCGAUACCGGAAACAAUUAGACCAAGAUGAUCUGGAGUAUUGUUUCCUGCUGUUGUCAGGUAGUAGUUGACCAGCAUUAACACACACACACACACACACACACACACACACACACACACACACACACACACACACACACUCUGGAGACAGGCUGUGUUCAGGCCUAUGCACGGAUAGACGGUGCUUUUGUGUGCAGUGUUCAGAGUUGGCAUUUUGAGUCAAGUCUGCUUUUGAAAAGCAGACUCAGCAUAGGACUCGUAACGUGUUGUUAGCUCAAAUGACUUAGAGCGCGUUCAGUAGGAAAAAUAAGGUUAGCAGUGUCUCGUCUGGCUCGUUUUUGAGGCAAGUCUGUGUUGUUAAAAUGCAGACUCUCAGCAUAGGACUUGUUGUAACAUGGUAUCUGCAUAUAAUAUAUAUAAAUACAUUUAUGAAUAUAUAUCUAUGCUACUACAGGGGUUUUUUGUGUGUGUAUGCCACUCCUACGUUAUGGGUGGAUUUUAAAGUAACCUUUUCAAGAUUCAUGAAAUACAGUACGUGAUGUUCUUGUGCAUCACUGAUAGUUGUGACCACGAGGAAUGGUUUUUAUUUAUAAAACAUCAUUAAACAGUUAUAACUAAAUUUAAAAGAAAAAGACAAAAUGGUAGAUUUUUUGAUUAUUAUUAUUUUUUUAACCUGCACUUUAGGUGCAAAUGGAGAAACUGUCUCAGGCACAUCUGAUUUAAGAAGUCCCAGAGGACGGCUCAAAUGAUUUAGAACGCGUUCAGUUGGAAAAAUAAGGUCAGCGGUGUCUUGUCUGACUCGUAGGACACUUCAACGUUGAGAUAAACUAACUUCAUGGCAUUCCCGGUCUCAUCUCGUAGCCAUAACAACACCCUCGGCUAGAUAUGUGCACACACGUCGCUGGAUAAUUCGGAGGUUUUGUUCAGCAUGUUACUUGUCUUUUUUUU